GGGGUGAGCUCGUCUUCAAGAUGACCAGUGCAAUCACCAACAGAAGAGUCGAACAGAAGACAUGGCUUCAGACGAUUCACACAACAUCUACGGCUACGAGCCCUCCGUCGCCGCCGGCGUCAUCUUCAUCCUUCUCUUCGGCACAACGACAGCAUACCACGGUUGGCAAAUCUUUAGAGCGAGGGCGUUUUACUUUAUCCCGUUCUUUAUCGGCGGUAUCUUCCAAAUCAUCGGCUACCUGAUGCGCUGCCUGAGCAAUGGAAACACCGACUCGAUUCCACUCUACGCCCUGCAAACCGUCCUUAUCCUCCUCGCGCCUGCCCUCUACGCUGCGUCGAUAUACAUGGUUCUCGGCCGGUUGAUGGUCUUCCUCGGUGCCGAACACCACAGCAUCGUGCGGGUCAACUGGAUGACCAAGAUCUUCGUCGCGGGCGACGUUGUUUCUUUCCUCAUGCAGUGCGGAGCCGGCGGCCUCAUGUCCGGCGACGACCCGGACACCCGAACCCUCGGCGAAAACCUCACAAUCGUCGCGCUGAUAAUCCAAGUCCUCUUCUUCACCUUCUUCCUCAUAACAAGCAUAAUCUUCCACAAGCGAAUCAAUACCUCGCCCACCGCCCAAUCCCGCGAAACAGCUCUCCACUGGACCCUCACACCCCGCACCCUCCUCGCAAAGAACUGGAUCACCCUCCUCAUCGCGCUGUACACGGUCUCCGCGCUUAUAUUGAUUCGGUCGGUCUUCCGCCUCGUCGAGUUUAUAGACGGGUAUGGAGGCUUUCUCAUGACUCACGAGGCGUUCAUAUACAUCUUUGAUACACUGCCCAUGUUUGUUGUUAUGGUUGUUAUGAAUCUGUGGCAUCCGUGUUUUGUUAUAAGAGAUGGGAAGGGCGGGUAUAUCCCCCGCGGGGAUUUCGAGAAUGUGCCGUUGAGGUAGGGAUGUCAGAUACGGGCCAUGGUUCAGCUGGGGACUGGGUUGUGGGGUGUUGGAGGGGUGUACUGGGGUUACUGUGUGUUUCGGAUGGAUUGUAUUCUUUUUUUUUUUCUUUUUUUUUUUUUUUUUUUUGCAUCGGGUUUAUUGGGUUUGAGCGAGUCUGGAUUUGUUGUUAAAUGCUGUGAUCUGUUCUGCAAGAUAGCGAAAUAUAGAUACUAAACAUUGGAUGAUCAAAAAUGGCCACCUUGACGCGAUA